GCGUAUCUCAUCUUCACAUACACCAACUCUCCAUCAUGCCUCACCAAAAGGCCCAGUUCGAGUCCGUUGCGUCCGACUCCCUGCGGCGCAGGCUCUCCAGCGUGUCGCUGGGGACGCGCCCGGUCGUCACUGGCUUCACAAGUUUGACGCCAAUGUGGGCUGGUAUCGCUGGUAGUCCCUCUCCUAACGAGAAUGGAUUUGAGAUCUCAAUUUCAAUCCACGAUAGCGUGUACAAUACUGACUUUGCCUAUUCUCUGAUCCCUGGACCGGCCGGAAAGAAGAUUGUGGACCCAGAGCAGAUUGAAAGCCAUGUCCUCGAUGCGCUGCGUAAGUUUUCUACCGAGCACUUGUGCAAGUUCCUAGGCGCUGGCGUCACCCUCAGUCUUCUCAAGGAGGCACCCAAUUUAUGUACGCGUCUCUGGCUCGAGAUGGACAUCGUUCCAAUUGUGUUCAAUAUCAAGCCUUACCAUACGGAGAGCCUUACGAGGCCGCACGUCAAGCAUCGUAUCUCCGCCACAAAUAGCAUGAUCAACUCUCAGCUGCAAUCGGGAGCCGAAACGCCGACUAUGCUCUACGCGCCACCCGGUGCACCCGGAUUUCCGGGAGGCCUGCAGGCCGGAGUGACGAGCAAGCUUCCAAUUGUGCGGACGCUAGAUGAGCAGGCAGACUCAGCCGCACGCAAAUGCCUGAUGUACUACGGACCGAACAACAAUCCGCGAUUGACAAUUGGGCCGAGGAACCAAGUUACUGUCGAUGCUGGUGGAAAAAUUCACCUCAUAGAUGACCUCGAAGAGUAUGAAAAAAGUGUCGGCAGGGGAACUUGGAACGCCGUAAACAAAUUUGCAGAUGAACUACGUGAAAAGAAGAUCAAGAUCGGCUUCUUUUCUUCUACCCCACAGGGUGGUGGAGUUGCUCUUAUGAGGCACGCGCUAAUCCGUUUCCUCAACCUCCUUGACGUAGAUGCAGCGUGGUAUGUACCAAACCCGUCGCCGAGCGUCUUCCGGACAACGAAGAACAACCACAAUAUCCUGCAAGGCGUUGCAGCGCCCGACUUGCGUUUGACUCAAGAAGCAAAAGAUAACUUCGACCAAUGGAUUUACAAGAAUGGUUUAAGAUGGACUACUGAGGGUGGCCCUCUUGCAGAGGGCGGAGUUGAUGUCGCAUUCAUAGACGACCCUCAGAUGCCAGGUCUCAUCCCAAUGAUCAAGAAGAGCAGGCCCGGAUUACCCAUUGUUUAUCGUUCGCACAUUGAAAUUCGUAGUGACUUGACCAGCAUCAAGGGCUCUCCCCAGGAGGAAGUCUGGGAGUACCUAUGGAAGAACAUCCAAUUAGCCGAUCUGUUCAUCUCUCACCCGGUUAGCAAGUUCGUACCGAAAGACGUGCCAAUGGAGAAAGUUGCUCUUCUCGGUGCUGCAACUGACUUCCUUGAUGGUCUCAACAAGGAACUGUCACCUUGGGAUUCACAAUUCUACAUGGGUGAAUUCCGUAGCUUGUGUGCCAAGGAGAGGAUGAAUGAGUUGAAGUGGCCUGCACGAGAUUAUGUUGUCCAAGUUGCUCGCUUCGACCCGUCUAAGGGUAUCCCGAAUGUCAUCGAUUCCUACUACAAGUUCCGUCAGUUGCUUAAGGGCACAGUCGACGACGACGACGAAGCGCCACAAUUGCUCAUUUGUGGACACGGUGCUGUUGAUGACCCCGAUGCAAGCAUCAUCUACGACAUGGUGAUCCAGCAGAUUAACAGCGAGCCUUACGUCCAAUACGCAAAUGACAUUGUCGCUAUGAGACUGCCUCCUAGUGAUCAACUCCUCAAUGCUCUCAUGCAGAACUCGAAGAUUGCUCUUCAACUCUCAACGCGUGAGGGCUUCGAAGUCAAGGUAUCCGAGGCAUUGCACACAGGCAAACCAGUCGUCGCAUGCCGCACAGGAGGUAUCCCUCUGCAGAUCCAACACGGCAAGUCUGGCUUCCUUUGCAAGCCUGGUGACAACGACGCCGUCGCGAAGCACCUUUUCGAUCUGUAUACCGAUAAGAAGCUCUACAAAGAGAUGAGCGAGUACGCACGGACGCACGUAUCUGACGAGGUUGGUACUGUUGGCAAUGCAGCCGCUUGGUUGUACCUUGCCGCGGUCCUGACCCGUGGAACGAAGCUGAAGCCGAACGGCGCUUGGAUCAACGACUUGUUGCGCGCUGAAGCAGGCGAACCGUACCAGCCUGGAGAGCCGAAGUUGCCGCGUGAAGGCCUCGACGUUCACGCCUAGACGUCAACCAUAGACGAAGAGAAAUAUAACACUAAAUCGCAAGUUUUGUUUUCUGUUCUGUAAGACCUGAAUUUGUCUGUAUACCUGUACGCUGAUCCCCGUAGCUCCCUUAUCACCCUCCUGCUCGUAGUCUGAAGAAUCUAUACAUCCCUUGUUGUAGACGAUAUAGUGAGAAUCUGUACCUGUCGUGUAGACCAUUGAAUUUUUAUCGCGC